AUGCCUUCGGAUAUAUUAAUCACAGGAAGUAACAUAACCAAUGCUACAACCGGAAGUACUAUUAUCGAAACACAAGAAGAAACCGAAGAUUAUUGGGUUUUAGUUAAAUUAUUGACAGCAUUUAUAGACGCAAUAUGGGAACAAAGUGAAUCAUCAACAAUUAAUUCAAUUCCUUGGAAUAGAUUAGGUGCAAUAAGCACCUAUUGUUGUUCGAUAUAUGGGUUUUCAUGUUUGAUUAUGGCACUUAUACUAAAUCGAACUUUGGUUAUGGCCUCCACAAAUACGACACACAAUCAACAAAUAGCAAUUAAUAGAAAUCGUGGGUUGAUUUCGGCCCAAAAACUGGCAUUUAUCUUAAAGAAUUUGAGUAUUAUAUCGUUACGUAUUGGAGUAGUUGGAGUUUUGUUGUAUAGUGGAUAUAAUGUUUUGGUUGCUUUGAAUCUUUUGAAUCAUAUUGGCUUACCUGAUAAGAAUCUUAAAUGGUUAUAUGAGUUGUUACCAGAUAAAUAUUUUGCAUAUGAUGUUGGGUAUUAUUCAGAUACGAAAUAUAUGAAAACUCCUAAUUCACAAGUAAUGAUUGGACCUACUAGUGAUAUGUAUUGGCCAGUAUUUUUGAAUUUUUGUUUAUCUUCAUUUACAGAAACUUUGAUUGCCCUGAUUGAAGGUAAGAAACCAUAUACUGAAAGUGGGAUUACAAUUUUUGAACAUUCCUUGGCAUUUCAGGAAUUUAGUAGUAAUGGGGCUUUCUUUUUUGGGAAUUCUAAAUUUCAUAAAAGACCUACUGAACAAGUAUUAAUCACUACUUUGUUUCUGAUUCUUAAUCAUUUAAAUAUUCAUAUUGGGGCAUUAUUGAGUAAGAAUAGAUAUAGAUUAAUUCCACUGUCAAUUAUUGGAAUUGGGUUUUUAAGUUAUUAUAUUUCAACAUUUUCCAAUUGGAGAGUAUUACAAUUCCCAUUCAUAUUGAUUUUAACAUUUACUCCGCAAGUACUCAUUCUCAUAAUUAUUGCUAUAAGUUUCGCAAUAUUUAUAAUAGCUAUAGUUGUCAAUGGUUUUGAAAUAAAAGGAUUAAAUUAUGGAAGUUUUUUCUUACAUGAGUCAGCCGAUGAAGAAUCUGGAGGAUUUGGUUCAUUAAACUUAUCUAUCAGUCUCAAUGAUGAUUUCUACACUGCAUUAUUAAAUAUGGGAAUGUUGGCAAUUACUCUGGCUGGUAAAUCGAGUUAUAUCACAGAGCUUAGUCUUGUAACACUAGAUGAUCAAACAUGGUUGGAAAGAUCUAUUUGGCAACAAAUUAAGGAUAAAUUAUCAAAGGAUCAUCGUUCCAAUAGAGACGUAAUUACGUAUUUAAGAGAGAAUAAGAUGAGUGGAUAUUGCAAUAUAAUUUCGAAACCUACACAAAGAUUAAUUUCUGGAGGACCAGAAUCUGAAAGUGUUGGCGGAGGCGGUGAAUCUGAUGAAAAAGAUGCCAGUGUGUGGAGAAGAAGAGCUAAAUAUAUGAAAGAGAUGCUUAUAGAUACUUGGCAAUUAUUAUAUGGAUUAAUUGUAGAUUGGUUUAUAUUGGAAUAUGUACCUGGGUUAUUUAAAAGAAAAGUCUUGCAUCAACAUUUAACAAGUAUUAGAUUUUAUGAAGAAGAAACAGAAGAAGAGUUUGCUCGUAGAAAGGCCAAAACUCCUCAAUUUUUAAAGAAAUAUGUCAAAAGAAGAAUUGGUGAUCCAUUUACUGGUGUCUCCUCGAUAGAUAAAUCUAAGAAACCGGAAAUUGCAAAUACUGAUUCAUAUUCAAUAAAAGAUUUUCAAAAUGACUAUGUAACUAUACUUUCUGGCAAACAAUUAUCUGAAGUUGACAAUUCAGAGGAUUAUCAUGAACCAAGUUAUGAAUCAGAAUCAGAAUCAGAAUAUGAAUCUGAUAUGGAGGAAAUACAUACAUUGGGAGCCUUAAGAGCAGCAAGAGGGGCAACAACAUCGACAGAUGUAAGCUCUUCUGCCCCUCUCCCAAUCCAGGAGCUUUUCACCGUAGAAGAGUUUAAUGAGUUAUUAACGUCUUCAUCGACUAAUUUGGAUAUAUUACAACAGCAUAUGCAUUCUGAUGGAGUUAUGACCAGGUCAAAGUAUAGAGCAUUAAGACGUCCGUUAGAACAAAAUCAAGAAUUAUCAAAUGAUGAAAGUAGUAAAUUAUUAGAAUUAAUUUUAUCCAAAAGAAUGCCUCGGGAAGAUGAGAAUAGUGUAGGUGAUGACGAGUUUGAUACUCAUUCAUUGUCAUCUUCAAGAUUAGAUUGUGUUAUUUGCCAAGUUAAUACGAGAGAAAUAAUUACUUGGCCAUGUAAAUGUUUUGCUAUAUGUGAAUCUUGUAGAUUGAGUUUAGUAUCAAAAGGUAUUGAAGGAUGUGUUUGCUGUAGAAGAGAAGUCGAAGGUGUUUCAAAGGUAUUUAUACCUUGA